UGAUUGUUUGUUCGUUCUGAGUGAGUUUAGUCUGUAUUUGGACAGAAAUGAUUCUGACUGACGCGAGGCUCGUUCAUUUAAGCUGCUGAUGAAGUUUGAGAAGGUUGUGUUUGGUGUAACAUUACUGACAUGUGAAGUUCUGGACGAGUUUAAUCUGCCAUCAGUGAAUGAAUGAAUGAUCAUCAUCAUCAUCAUCAUCAUCACAUGUUAUGAAGUGACUUUAUGACAUCUAGCGCUGAUCUUCCAGGAGGAUCAUCUCUGUUCAGGAAGUUAACAAACCCCCGGUGAGCUCUGUGUGACGAGCCUCCAUGACACCCAGUUUCGCAGAUGAAGCUCCAUGCCUGUGGGAGCGUCUGAUGCCACCUGCCCAAAUGCUGGGUUUUCACUCUGAUCCCCUCGUUCCUCGUUAAAAUCCCUCAGCAGAUCAUCCCCUGCCAGUCAUCACCAUAGUCAUAAUGUCAAGCCGAAGGAAGUCGUCCAACCCCUGUGUGGUCCAUGCAACCUGCUUUACUCCAGAAGAAUCUGUGGAAAUGGAUGUUUCAGUGGAGACUGUGCUGGACUGUGCGGCACCUGUUCCGUCUUCAGCGGAUGAAAGCGGGAUGUCAUUGAAUGAUGAGGAAGAGGUGAAGUCUGAUGGGGGUUCUGCACCGGAGCUGGGUUCCUUCCGCAACUACAGAGAUCAUGAGGACUUCCAUCAGUCUGAAGCACCAGCCAGUACAUUCUAUGUUUGCACCAUCUGCAAUUUCCGUACCAACAACUUUGACUCCCUCUCAUGUCAUAAUAAAGUUCAACACCCAAAUGAGAGCCGUUUCAAGUUCAGGCAAACCAUUGAUUGCGAGAAUGAUGGUUCCCUUCUGGAUGCUGUGGAUUUUGAAUAUGAAAUGGGACCAUUGGUACACUCCAGCAGUUCAGCAGGUGAAGAAACUGGAAAGACACCAAUGGAAAACAGCAGCAUUUUGGAGAAAGGACUAGAGGUGGAGAAGGAGCUGGAUAGUCGAGUGUUGAAGGAUGAGAUCAGGGCAGUGAGCGUAAAUGGUACGAUCAUUUUUCCGGAGCCCAUGUGUCAUGUCACUCCUCUGUUACAGCGACCUCCCAAUCUCAGCACCUCUCCAACAAUCGCAGUUCCUCUUCACACCAGCAAGUACAACCCCAUACUGGACAGCAAUAGCACCCUGAUCACAUCUUUCAACAGAUUCCCAUAUCCGACCCAUGCAGAGCUAUCCUGGCUCACUGCUGCCUCCAAGCACCCUGAGGAGCAGAUCAAGGUAUGGUUCACCACCCAGCGUCUGAAGCAGGGCAUCACCUGGUCACCUGAAGAGGUGGAAGAAGCUCGUAAGAAGAUGUUCAAUGGCAGUAUACCACCCCCACACCAGACCUGUGCGGUUUCACCUACACCUGCUGGAGAACCAUUCAAGCCCGGGCAAGCAAUUUGUCAUGUAUUUGGACAGACCAGCCUUGCACCAUACAGCACAGCUAAUAUUUCACCCACUACUUGUACGCCUGCCACUUUUACAGCUGUCCGUCAGACACUUAAGCGCUCUUUAGGAACUCCUCUCUUGGCUUCGGAGGUCAAACGGCCUGUUGUUCCACCAACUGGUGACCCCAAAGAGAGUCUGCAAAUGCCCCCUCCACCGGUUCCACCACCAGAAAGACUGGCUAUUGCUGCUUCUCCUGGGUUUUCGGAGACUAAAACAUCUAGCCCUGCUCCUUUGGUGGCCUCAGACAUGAAGAGACCUGUUGCUGCAAAUUUUGUCCCACCUAAAGGGAAACUCCCAAUGGUUAAAUCCAAAGAGAAGAUACCUGCAGCACUUCCUUCAGUGUUGCCCAAAGAAAGACUCCCUUUGUCACCCAUAGUGUCCACCAAUCUUAAAAGAUCUCUAAUUCAUCAGCAAAUAAACAAUCGUACUUCUGCAACCUUCUUCAUGCCUAAAAACAAGUUAUCAUGCUUUGGUAAUAGUGUAACCGCAGCAGCAGCUGUGACGACCCCACAAGUGAAUAGGCCAACAAUCAUUCAGAGUCUGUCUACCGUGCCUCUGUCCUCGUCUCCGACACCUGUCGUUCAGUGUAAGUCUACAGAGCCACCAAUGUUCCCAUGCUUCAGUAGUCAGAAUGGCAAAGAAGUCCCCCAUGGGGAUGUUAAGCAUUGGUUUUUUGACCAAACUACAAUUUCCCAGAAUGAUUCCCAGAACUCAUGUGCUGAAUUUGCUCUGAGGGAGCGUUCGGUUCCCACUCAUUUUCCUCUACUGGAGAGAGUGAAGGACAAGAGUCCUGGACAAAUUAAGCUUCUAGAGGAGAGUUUUCAGAGGAACAGUUUCGCACCCUAUAAUGAGGUCCAAUACCUCAUGAUCACCACUAGGCUGUCCAGAGAGGAAAUUGAAAGGUGGUUCUUGGAGCGCCGAGCACUUCGAGAUGAUUUGGAACAAGCCCUGCUGAACUCAAUGGGUUCUAAACAGGAGUCCCAGCAGCCCGUCCUCAAUGGAGCCCAGAGACACUCUGGCACCCAUACCUUCAGCCCUGUGCCUCCGAACAGCAAGUCCGUGAACCUUCUCAAUGUCUUUGUCCAAAACCGAUGGCCUUCGCCUGUGGCGUUCAGGCAUCUGGAGAUGCAGACGCGGUUGCCUCGCACAGAACUCGUCCGUUGGUUUCAAGAUGGUCAACUAGCUCAGCAGAGCCAUGUCCUAGACCGGCAGGAGAAGUUUGGAGAGGGAAAUGGCUGCUGGGCUGCACGGCCAAGCCCAAAGGAACGACCACUUAGAGAAGAGAACAGCAAACCCAGCAGCCCAGAGAUUGAAAACCGGUUCAACAACACACCUGGUCAGCACACGUGCAGCAACGGGGAAGCGAUUGAAUAUGGCAGAGGGGACUGUGGAGGGAACACAUGUGAGCCACUCUCAGACUCCAGUUAGAAGAUGGAAGGUGAGAAACGGGUCGUUACUGUCACUCUGGAGAACCGUGGAAGUGCGUAAGGAACCGCUGAUGUCACAUCUGCUCUCUUCCUCUAUUUGCACAGAGGCACUGUGGGAAUGUUGUUGUUACGUUGUGUGAGUGUUGUGUGUAUGUUUUGGAUGUUAAAAGCACUGAGGAAACUUCUGUGUGCCAAAGCUGGAGUCACUGUCUGUCUGUACUUUUAAAAAUGUCCUUGUAAACGUACUUUUGCUGCAGAUCUGUACAUUUUUAUGGCAAAUUUUGUUACAUUUUAUAAUGGGAAAAAGUUUCGGCUGUUUUUUAGUGGGCAUGUUGUAUAUUUCCUAACAGUCUGUGGAAGGAGAUGCCAGAAACCACAAGGUGCUGAAAUAUUCUCUGGACACAUUACCUGCUACAGCCCAUGAUAUGAUUUUAUUGACAGAAAUCACUGUUGAAUAUGCACUCAGAUGUCUGUUUUACACACUUCUGCUGAUGAAGACACUCAGUGCUGAUGUUUGAACUGGUUUGUUUGCAGUCUUUGUUAUUGCUACGCUCGAUAAUCUUGGACUCACUCGUAAUGAACUGUUUCUGUUCUGUAGUGUCAGUAAACGCAUCUGUCUGAAACGCUCUUCACCCACAGACCGCCGCUGGAAUCCAAUAAAACACAGCCGGAUUUAUUGUGUUUGUUUGUGAGAUGUCAUUGCGGUAAUAUAUUUCACAUGAAGCUUCUUUCCCUUCGUUUUGUUCCAUAGAUUCACUUUGGUCUCCAGCUAUGAAAGCUGGAUUCAUGAUAACAGAUCAUUAUGAAUCGGAGCGGUUUCAUCAGACGUCUCAAGGCCAAAAACACAUUUGUGAUUGGUUGAUCUGGUUGUUUGAUACUGAUGCUACUGUAUUGAAAACAAAAUAUUUUUUUUUUUACAUGGCUGCCCCACAUUUACAAAUGUCAGAAGGUCACGCUGUGAAUUUCAUUUUUUUGUGUGAACGAACCGUGUAACCCUUCCUACAAUAACUUGAUUGUUUUUGCUUUCAGGCUGUUUCGGGGUCGAGACAGAACUGAGGCUCGCAUGAGAUUUCACACGUUACAGAUCUGCUCUGCAUCACAAAUACAGAAGAUUAUGUAAAAGGUGUUAUAUAAUGUUGGACAAACGCAUGAUCUCUGUUAUUCAGAGAGAGAGGUCAGAUUCUAGCAUGAGGAUUGGAGGUAGUGUAGUACUUCAACUCAGUUUUGUUUUGGUUUUGAAAUGAUGAAAUCACUGAUUUCUAGCUUCUGCUGAUCACUGUAUAAAAAUGAUGUUCUUCCUCAG